AUGAGUAUGUACGGUUCGAACCCGAAGCUGGCGACGCUGGGCCAACGGAGUAAUUCUCGGCAGGAUUUGUCAGGCUUUCGGAACGACGUUUUUGUCGGUGGGAAUGGUUUCGCUGGGGAAUACAAUGACGGCGGCGGAUACGGCUACACCACGUCCUACUCCCGGACCUCCAUGCACGGGGGAGGACAUGGGGGGCAGAAAGUGCAGAUGAGCAUGGGAGGCGGUGGAGGAGGAGGAGGGGCACUCAGUGCACAAGGCAUCCAGCAGAAGUCUGUAUACCUCACAAGUCAGUGCCAAGAAUACCUUCAAAGAGCAAAGAUGAUCAUCCAGGGUGGUGGUCCGCCUUUGGAAGCAGAGAAGAUGCUGGGAUUGGCCUACGAGUCAAUGGAUCAGCUCAAAGCUUGCGGCAUGGAGCUACAGCAAAUGCGGAUCCCGAAUGACAUCUUCAGAAAUUUGGACCAGCUCCAGCACAUGUCUGCAGCCAUACAACAGCAGUUCAGUGGUGGUGGGAUGGGGACAAGGAGAAAGAAACCCAGUAUUGGUUCUGCAGAUGGAGGGCGACUAUUCAGUGAUGCCAUGGCUUGGAUCGGACAACAGAAGCGCAUGAUCGAGACAUCUUCGUUUGGGGAAGACUCGGCCACCAUCGAAAAACAGAUCUCCAGCCACCAGAAAACUCACAGCUCACUGCAGCGGAGUGCGGAGGUGGACCGCGCCAGAGACGACCUGAACAUGAGGAAUGACAAGAGCAAUCUCUACACUCUGGAGCAAGAAUGGGACAGUUUGCAGAAAAUGUCACACAGCCGCUUGAAUCAACUGCGUGAGCUGCAGAACAUCAUCGAGGAGGUUUCCAGAGCCAUCAUGUGGGUGAACGAGAAAGAGGAGGAGGAGCUGGUCUUCGACUGGGGAGACAAAAACAUCGACAGCUACAUCCCCAAGAAACAAGAGAGCUACUCCAGGCUGAUGAGAGACUUGGAGGAGAAGGAGAAGGACCUGAACAAGCUGAAAGUCAAAGCAGAUGGACUCCUGACCAGUAACCACCCGGCUGCAGAUAAGAUAGAGGCUUACAUGGACACGCUGCAGACUCAGUGGAGCUGGCUUUUGCAGAUCACCAAGUGCAUCCACGUCCAUCUGAAGGAGAACGCAGCGUACAGCCAGUUUUUCAAAGAGGCCAAUGAGACGUACACCAAACUGCAGAAAGAGCACGAGACCAUCCGCAGCAAGUUCACGUGUGACAAGAACACCCCGAUGGAGAACCUCAUGGAUCUGCUGAAAAACCUGGAGAGAGAAAGAGAGCGCAUCAUGGAGAACAAGAGGCAGGUCCAGAGCCUGGUCAACAAAUCCAAGAGUAUUGUCCGCCUGAAGCCGCGUAACCCAGAGGACAAGAGCAGCAGUCCGGUUCUAGUCCAGGCCCUGUGCGACUUCAAACAGGACCAGAAGGGAAUUUUGAAAGGAAAUGAGGGGAUCCUGAAAGACAACUCCCAGCGCAGUAAGUGGCUGGUGACGGGUCCUGGAGGCUUAGACAUGCUCAUUCCAUCUGUGUGUCUGCUGAUCCCACCUCCCAAUCCACUCAGCAUCGGACUGGCCACCAAGAAUGAGCAGUACUACGAAGCCAUAAUGGGUAUCUGGAACCAGCUCUAUAUCAACAUCAAGAGUCUGAUUUCGUGGCAGUAUUGUGUGAAAGACAUCGGUUACAUCAACUCGCUGACGCUGAGCAUGCUGCAUAAGAUGCGUCCAGAGGAGUACCGCAGCAUCAUCAAGAGGCUGGAGACCCACUACCAGGAGUUCCUGCGCACCAGCCAGGGCUCCGAGCUGUUUGGGGAAGAGGACAAGAGACACAUCCAGGGCCACUUUGACAAGGCCCAGAACCACUACGACACUCUCAUCAUUCAGCUGCCCACUUACUCUGGAGAGGUCAGACAAGAAGUUGUAACAGAAGUUACUCAAAACCCCACAGAGCCAAAACCCAAACCAGACACUUCCAAAGAGGUGAAGGUGACUGAGGUGGUUGUAACCAAAACAGCUCCUCCCACGUCCAAGCUGAGCGUGGCUCUGCUCAACAGCCUCCAUGACCUGCGCUUCAGGCUGCAACAGGCCGAGACCGACCUGAGCAGCCACCUGCACGUGCCCCUGGGGGAGAACAGCCUGCACGAGUGCUCCCUCAACAUCCAGAAGCUACAGCUGGUGCACCAGGACCUGGACACGAUGCACGACGAGUACCUACGUCUUCGGGAGAGCAUCAUGAAGCAGCUGGAGGGCAUCCCCUCUGAGUCCGAACAGGCCAAGUUCCUGCGGGCCGAACUGGAAUUCAUCAACCACAAACUGGGGGGGAUGCAGGGACUGUAUUCUGCGUAUCUGCAAAGACUGACGGCUCUAAAGGCCCUGCUGCAGAGUCUGCUUCAGGCCGAGGAUGUGAUCAAAGUGCACGAGGCUCGUCUGACGGAGAAAGAGACUUCCUCUUUGGACGCGAAUGAGAUCGAACACUAUCGCACCACUCUGAAGCAAAUGAAAGGCGAACUGGAGCACAAGCGAGACCUCCUGAAUUCUAUGGAGACAAACUUGUCGACCGCUUUUCACUGGAACGGGCAGAUCUCAGACGCCUUCCACAAGUGCGACAUCGACCUGUCCAGAUACUCCGACCAGGUCAACCAGAUGACCGACCGCUGGCGCCGCAUCCACACCCAGAUCGACAGCAGAGUGUGGGACUUGGAAAAGCAGGAGAAGCUUCUGAAGCAUUAUCAGCAGACGAGCACUUCCCUGGACCAGUGGGUAGACAAUGCCAGGAAGCGACAGGACAACCUGCAGCUGGUCAAACUCAAUGACAUCCAGACCCUGACCGAACACCUCAACCAGCAAAAGUCGUUGCAUGCAGAAAUCAAAGGCAAGAAGGACAAAGUAGAAGAUCUGCAGAAGAAUGCGGACACUUGCGCUGCCAAUAUAACGGACUAUGAGCUGCAGCUUGCGUCCUACAGCGCCGGACUCGAAACUCUGCUGAACAUUCCCAUCAAGAAGACCAUGAUCCAGUCCCCAGCAUCGACCGUGAGAACCGAGGCCAACGAGCUUCAGUCUCGCUACAUAGAGCUGCUGACCCGCUCCGGAGACUACCACCGGUUCUUAGGGGAAAUGCUGAAGACCAUGGAAGAGCUCAAGAUCAGAAAUACCAAAAUUGAAAUGCUUGAGGAAGAAAUGAGACGGCUGAAGGACGAGCUACAAGACCGCAAUGCCAAAAACAAAAACUUGGCGGAUGAACUUGCUCGUUUAAAGUUAGAGAUGACCGGAUAUAAGGAUCAGCUCCUUUCUAUGGAAGAAGUCAAGCGAACCACUGUGCAGCAAGUGAAUGCAACCAGGGAGAGUCUCGACAGCACCCAAACCCAACUCCAAGACCUAAACGACCAACUAACACGUCUGAAAUACCAGUUAGAGGAGGAGAAGAGAAAGCGUAGAUUGGCCGAAGAGCGUUACACCAGUCAGCAAGAAGAAUACGAGGCAGCCGUACGUCGUAGACAGAAAGAGCUGGAAGAGCUGAACUGGACCAAGAUAGAUCUGGAAAAGUCUGUGAAAGACAAAGAACGUGAACUGGAGGGGAUGAAAAUUCUGCUGGAGGAAGAAGCCGCAAGGCGCAGGACUGCCGAAGCGGAAUCGUCUAAGGUAAGAGCACAGUGCAGCCAGGAAAUUAACCAACUCAAACAAACGUACGAGACACAAAUCCACGUGACCAAGACGACCAUCCUGAAGGAGUCCAAGCAGCGCGAAGACGACACCACGGAACUGAAGCUGCAAUGUGACAAACUGGCUGCAGAGAAGAGACAGCUGGAGGAGGAGUUACGGAGGUUGAGGCUGUCUAUGGCCCAUAGUGAUGAGCUGAAAAACAGAGCGGAGGAAGAUGCCGACCAGCAGAGGGCGACCUUGGUACAGGAGACGAGAAUUCGCAGUGAGCUGGAGGUGCAGAUAAGAAGCCUGCAGCAACAGAGAGAUGACGAUGAGUCGAAUUUGAAAGAGGCUAUUAAAAGCAACCAGGAUAAAAGCAGACAGAUCAGCGUCCUCACCUUCAACCUGGAGGAAGAGGGCAAAAAGAGGAGAGCGAUGGAGUUAGAAUUGAACCGCUUGAAACAGUCCGAAGCGGAGCUGAAGGUCAAGAACGCAUCCUACUCCGAAACCAUUAACAAGAUGAAAGUCACGGAACAUGAGAUGCGUAUCACCAAAGUGGAGCUGGAGAAACAGAGCAGCGAGAAAACCAAAGCCGAACACAAUUCGGCCAAGCUUCAGAGCCGUAUCAGGGAACUGCAGAACUCGCUAGACUCCAUGGAGGGUGAACUGGAAAGGCAGAAGAAGUCCACGCAAGAGGAACUCACUAGAAGGAAAAGAAUAGAGGCUGAGUUAGAAAAGCUGAAUAAAGUUUGCAGAGAGUACACAACAACCAUUACGUCGCUCAAGUCUGUUCAAAUAGAGUCGACAAGUGUGGGAAAGAAGUAUGAGCAGGAGUUAAAAAAUCUGAAACAGGAUCUAGAGGCUAGUUUGAGGGAGCAUAAGAGGACGAAGGAGGAGCUGGCCGCAGCGCUGGCCGAAUUGAAGGCGCUUAAGAGCAAGUUGCAGCAAGAACAGGGGAAAGUUCAGGAGUUAAACCAGCGCAAUGAAAGCUUAUACAAAACCAUUGAGGAGAAGAGCCGCCACCUGAACGACUGCACUACUGAGAUUGACAAGCUGAAAAGUAUGACGCAGAAUCUGACCAAGGAGAGGUUGAGGUUAGAGGAAGAGUUGAGAGCAGUGAGGCAGGAGAGAGAUGAGCUGAAGAGUAGAAAAGACUCAGCCGAUGGAGAAAGUGCGGCCCAGAUCUCCACGCUGCACAUCCAGCUUCAGAGUAGCACCAAGCGAACGGCAGAGCUCCAGACCCUCAUCAACGACCUGACCAAGGAGAGGGAAAAGCUAAAAAUGGAAAUAGACAAAAUCCAAAAGCAGUCAAUUGAGACAACCAUUAGAGUUCAUGAAUCCCAGAGCCAGUACACCGAAAUGCACCGGGAGAAGGACAACUUACUUGCGAGAAUUAAACUACUGGAACAAGAGAAAAACCGGAACAUGAGGUCUGAGGACGAACUCAACCGCAUUAAGGUCACGCUGGAAACAGAGAUACGCAACAAGCAGCGACUCCAGGAUGAAAAGAACAACAUUCUCAAGGAGCUAACCACCAUUAAGACCCAGUACGAGCUGAGAGACACCCAGAUCAAACAGCUGAACACUGACCGAGACAGGGGCGAUAGAGAGAGGCAGUCCUUGAAGACUCAAAUAGAGAAACUAAUGAUGGAGCUGAGGACCGUUGAAGAGAGAUACAAGAGCCGACUGGUGAGCUCUGAGAAGGACAUGUCUGAGCUGGUGAUUAGGAAAGAAACCCUUGAGAGAGAAAUCAAGCGACUGCAGCAAAGACCCGACUCUCUUUCUAGACAAACACAAACUGACGAGAAAACCACUAUUGAUCCAUCCAAGUUACUAUUUGAUGGGGUCCGCCGCAAAGUAACAGCUCACCAGCUCUGUGACUGUGGCAUCAUCAGCAAACACACCUUAGACUUGCUUUUAAAGGGCAAAAAGACCGUGGAAGAGGUUGCACUGGACAUUCAGGCCCAAGAGUCUGUUGGAGGAAUCAUAGACCCAGUUUUAGGGGUCUUCCUUCCAAAAGAUGUGGCGUUGGAUCGCAAACUGAUUGAUGAGGAUCUUUACAGGGCUUUGAGCCAAAAGCCAGUCUGCUAUAUCGACCCAUCUUCAGGGGAGAAGAUCAGCUAUGGGGAAUUGAGGAAGAAGUGCACAGUUGAACCUGUCUCUGGAUUGCUAUUGUUGCGUGGCCCAGAUAAACCUUUCACAGUUAAAGGUUUGAGAGGUGAGGUCAGUCUUGAUGAGCUGAUAAAAUCUGAGCUCCUGACUAAGACUGACUUGGAGAAGUUAAAUGCAGGAACACUCACAGGCAAAGACAUUGAAGACAAACUGAAGAACUAUUUGUAUGGUUCAACUUGCAUUGCUGGCAUUUACGAUGAGGCCAAUGACAGGAUAAUGCCCUUCUAUCAGGCUUUGAAGGAAGGCUUGAUGAUGAGAGGAACCACUUUGGAACUCCUUGAAGCCCAAGCUGCAUCUGGCUUUAUAGUUGAUCCAGUCAACAACCUCUUUCUCCCUGUGGAGGAGGCUGUAAAGAGGGGUCUAGUUGGAAAAGAAUUUAAAAAUAAGUUAAUGUCUGCAGAAAAGGCUGUGGUUGGAUACAUUGACCCACACACUGGAAAGACAAUCUCCCUCUUCCAAGCAAUAGAGAAAGAUCUUAUUGAAAAAGGACAUGGAAUCCGCUUGCUGGAGGCCCAAAUAGCUAGCGGUGGGAUUAUUGACCCCAAAGAGAGCCACAGGAUUGAUGUCGAUGUUGCCUAUAAGAGAGGAUACUUUGAUAAAGAGAUGAAUGAGAUUCUCACGUAUGAGGGUGAUGACACUAAAGGAUUCUUCGACCCUAACACCAAAGAAAACCUCACAUAUCUUCAACUAAAAGAAAGGUGCAUUACAGAUCAAAAAACUGGCCUCAUUCUAUUACCACUCAAAGAUAAGAACAAAAUGAAGACAGUUGAGACCAGCCGUACCAAUGUGCUGCGCAAAAGGCGUGUUGUGAUUGUGGACCCAGACACAGGAUUGGAGAUGUCAGUGAGAGAGGCCUAUCAUAAAGAGCUCAUCGACUAUGACACCUUCCUUGACUUGUCCGAGCAAGAGUGUGAAUGGGAAGAAAUUACCAUUAAAGGGUCUGAUGGCUCCAAUCGCCUGGUGAUAGUGGACAGGAAAACUGGAACACAGUAUGACAUCCAAGACUGUGUGGAACGUGGCGUCAUUGAAAAAUCGUCCUUGGAUGAAUACCGCAAUGGAAAGCUAACUCUUACACAGUUUGCUGAUUUAAUCACAAGCAAAACUAGUGGAACAGAGAUGUCAAUUUCUGCCAGCACUGUAGAGGACAUGGUUACCUGUAGCAGUCCUACUCAACUUGCUCCAUCCUCUCCUACCGUACGCAAACGCUUCAACAGCAUAUCCAUCACCGUUUCUCCACCAGCCAUGUUUGAUGACCAUAGUCCUGUAGCAGCUAUUUUUGACACAGAGACCUUAGAGAAGAUAACAAUCUCAGAAGGGCAUCGCCGUGGUAUAGUUGACACAAUAACAGCCCAAAGAAUGCUGGAAGCUCAAGCAUGCACUGGCGGCAUCAUUAACCCUUCAACCGGCAAUAGGCUUUUAUUGCAAGAUGCAGUUCAUCAAGGCAUCAUUGACGACAGCAUGGCCUCCAAGCUGAAAGCUGCCCAGAAAGCAUUCGUUGGAUUUGAAGAUGUAAAAACGAAGAGAAAGAUGUCUGCAGCAGAGGCAGUUAAAGAAACAUGGCUGCCGUAUGAAGCCGGUCAAAGAUUCUUGGAGUUUCAGUACCUCACCGGGGGGUUAAUCGAACCUGGCACUGGAAGGCGCAUUUCUAUUGAAGAAGCCAUACACAGAGGCUGGAUGGAUGGAAAAGCUGCCCAAAAGCUUCAAGAUUCAAAGAACCACCUAAAGAACAUAACAUGCCCCAAAACCAAACUCAAGAUCACAUACAAAGACGCCAUGGACAGCUGCAUGGUUGAAGAGAGCAACGGCAUGAAGAUGUUGCAGGCUUCGUCAGUGUCGAGCAAAGGCAUAAGCAGUCCAUAUAACGUCUCCAACCCAGGGUCAAGAUCUGGUUCAAGGGCUGGUUCUCGCACUGGCUCCAGAAGUGGCUCCCGCAGAGGCAGCGUGGAUUACUCCUCAUACAGCUAUAGUUUCACUAGCACCACCAGCUCGGCCUUUAGCAACAAUUCUGUUAAAUCUUAA